CCUUCCUGCCCACUUUAGCGAGAAGAGGGGUAGGAAUGGCAAACACAUAUGAUACGUUACCAAGUGGUCCGAUGCCAUUUCGCUCCCGCUUCUUCAGCGCAACAUCUGCCCGUUUUCUCACCGGAACCCCACGAUCCCUUUCAACGAAAGACAGAAUAAGAGCCAUUGCCAGGUCUCACUCUCCCAAAUCAUCACGAUAUCGAUAGUACAGCAUGACCACACCGAACGAUGACCAUCUCGCAGUUGAUGAGGUGCAUAGUGAAACCGACGGUUCGUCGGUGACCAAUUCAAGUCUUGCUUCAUCUACUACAAGCGUGACUAGCUCCAUUCUAGAGUAUCGUAUCGAGAACGGACGGACCUACCACAAGUACAAGGACGGCAAAUACGCCGCUCCCAACGAUGAAAGAGAAAAUGAUCGCCUUGACCUCCAGCACAACCUGUUCAUCCGAACAUUUGAUGAUCGGCUUGGCACCGCGCCGCCGAACGAUCCGGACGCCAAAGUUGGCAGAACUUUGGAUGUCGGUACAGGAUCUGGUAUAUGGGCUAUCGACUUUGGCGACGAACACCCCGAGGCUGAGGUAAUCGGCGUCGAUUUGUCGGCAGUCCAACCCGCGUUUGUUCCUCCAAACGUCCAGUUUGAAAUCGAUGACAUUGAGGAGCCAUGGACGUUCUCGAAGCCCUUUGAUUACAUCCACAGUCGAAUGAUGACAGGCAGCAUCAGCAACUGGAAACGAUACCUUGAGAAAUGCUUCGACAACCUUGCCCCAGGCGGCUACCUCGAGCUCAAUGACAUCGACGCAGUCCCUGUCUCCGACGACGGCACCCUGACAGAGGAAACCUCGCUCAUGAAGAGCGUCCGCCUCUGGUCCGAGGGGCUCGCUAAAUUCGGCUCCCCCUUUGAGGAAUUCAGCCGCUUCGAAAGCGUGCUCAAGGAGAUUGGCUUUGAAGACGUCCACAUUCAGCGGUUCAAGUGGCCGACCAACGGCUGGCCCAAGGACCAGAAGCAUAAGGAGAUUGGGAUCUGGAACUACGAGAACUUGGCGCCGAACUGGGAGGGAUUCCUGAUGGCGCCGCUGACCCGGGCGUUGAACUGGACAAAAGAGGAGGUUCUUAUUCUCGCCAUGGAGGCGAGGAAGGAUUUGGGGACAGGAACAUCCAUGCUUACUACAACAUGUAAGGGUGUUCUCUCUCUCAUUGUCUUCAUGCUAUUGAAGUGGUAUCAAGCUAACGUGUGAAGCUGGUCCAUCUACGGGAAGAAGCCGUUGACGACGGAGGAGGUUCAGCCGGCAGCAGAAGGUUGAUUUUUGGGAAUUGGUUCAGCAGUUCCGUCAGGAA